AACCAUCAUGGACGACCUGUUCAGUGUUUUUGACGAUGCGCCUAAAUCUAAGUUUUUAGCCGCAGCUACAGUGAAAAAAGAGAACCUAAAGAAUGAAGAACGGAAGCGCGACGAUACUGGCGCCGGCGACUUUGUGCGAGCCAUUAUUGAUGGCAAGCGACUUUUGGACAACGACUUCGAAGAAGAACCCAACAAGAAGAGGAAGAUUUCGGACAUAUUGGACGACUUUGACCCUGCUGAUUAUCUGCCGCGCGUUCAUGUGCAUAGCGUGGAGUCCGUGGAAGGCUGCGUGCACGAGGUGGCGGUACCUGAUGGAGUGGAGUACGUGCCCAUGAAACGGGACCGAGAGGGCCCCAGAGCACGAGACUACCCGUUUGUCCUCGACCCGUUCCAAGAGGAGGCCAUCCUGUGUCUUGAGCACAACCAGAGCGUCCUCGUAUCAGCCCACACCUCGGCUGGAAAAACUGUUGUGGCUGAGUAUGCGAUAUCAUUGGCGCUGCAAGAGAAGCAGCGGGUGAUCUACACGACACCCAUCAAAGCACUCAGCAACCAGAAAUUUCGGCAGUUCACGGAAGACUUUAAGGACGUGGGUUUGAUGACUGGUGAUGUGACCAUCAACCCCAGUGCCAGCUGCCUUAUAAUGACGACAGAAAUUCUGAGAAGUAUGCUGUACAGGGGGUCUGAAAUCAUGCGGGAGGUGGGCUGGGUCAUCUUUGACGAGAUUCACUACAUGAGAGACAAAGAAAGGGGCGUUGUCUGGGAAGAGACAAUCAUCUUGCUCCCCGACAAUGUCCGUUACGUCUUUCUGUCUGCCACCAUCCCUAAUGCGAAGCAGUUUGCCGAAUGGAUCUGUCACCUGCAUAAACAGCCAUGCCAUGUGGUGUACACGGAAUAUCGUCCAGUGCCCUUACAACACUACAUUUUCCCGGCUGGUGGAGGUGGGCUCUACCUUGUUGUAGAUGAAUCUGGAAACUUCAAGGAGGACAAGUUCAACGAAGCGAUGACUGUGCUUCAGAAUGCUGGCGAGGCUGCCAAAGGGGACUCUGCCCUUAAAGGGCGCAAGGGAGGAUUUAAAGGCGAGUCAAACUGCUACAAGAUUGUAAGGAUGAUUAUGGAACGUGACUAUGCGCCUGUUAUCGUCUUUAGUUUCAGCAAAAAGGAAUGUGAGGCAUAUGCCACACAGAUAGCCCAGAUGGAUUUGACCACUUUUAGUGAGAAAAAACUUGUGAUGGAGGUCUUCCAAAAUGCCAUGGACUCUCUUUCGGAGGAAGACCAGAAACUUCCUCAGGUCGGGCAGGUGUUCCCGCUCCUGAAGCGAGGCAUAGCGGUGCAUCAUUCAGGCCUGCUGCCCAUCUUGAAGGAGACCAUCGAGAUUCUCUUUGCAGAAGGGCUUGUCAAGGCACUGUUUGCAACUGAGACAUUUGCUAUGGGACUCAACAUGCCAGCCCGUACGGUGCUCUUCACGAAUGCGAGGAAGUUUGAUGGCAAGGAAUUCAGAUGGGUCACCUCCGGAGAGUACAUCCAGAUGAGUGGUCGUGCUGGACGGCGUGGUCUGGAUGACCGUGGUAUUGUCAUCCUCAUGGUGGAUGAGAAAAUGAGUCCAGCGUCUGGCAAGGAUAUUGUCAAGGGCUUGCCCGACCCCAUCAACAGUGCGUUCCAUCUGACCUACAACAUGGUGUUGAACUUGAUGCGAGUGGAAGAGGUGAAUCCCGAGUACAUCUUGGAGCGGUCCUUCUUCCAGUUCCAGAACAAUGUGUCCAUACCAGUCUAUUACGAGAAGCUGCAGAAGCUCCAGGCCGAGCUGGACUCGUUCAAGAUCCCCAACGAGCCGGAAGUGGCCGCCUACUACAAGGUGCGGCAGCAGUUGGCUUCCCUGUCUCGGGAGCUGCAGGCUUUUCUCACCCACCCCGACUACUGCACUCCGUACCUGCAGCCAGGGCGCAUGGUGCACAUAAACAAUGGCACUCACGAUUUCGGCUGGGGCUUGGUUAUAAACUACACGAAGAAGAAGGUUGUCACUUCAAGAGGACAGCCUGGCCUCAAGGAUCCCGUGGUGAUUGUGGACGUGCUCCUCAACGUUUCGAAGGAGAGUGCCCAGACGAAACUGACGUCAGCGUUGACUCCUCCCAAGCCGGGAGAGAAAGGGGAAGCGCAGGUGGUUCCGCUGACCCUUGACAACAUCAGCAAGAUGAGCACUAUUCGGCUGUUCUACAACCAGGACCUCAAGUCCUCUGACAACAGAACUGCAGCGCUCAAAACAGUCAAGGAGGUUGAAGAUAGGUUUCCAAAAGGCGUCCCACUUGUCGACCCCUUUGAGGACCUCAAAAUAAAGGAUGCGAACAUGAAGGAAGUUGUCAAGAAAAUCGAGGCAUUCGAGAACCGGAUGUACGCUCAUCCUAUGCAUUCGCAUCCUGACCUUCCAAAUAUUUAUGCGGAAUACGAGAAAAAAAUGAAGGUUGCACAGGAGAUCAGGGAGGUCAAGAACGAGAUCAAGAAGGCCAAGGCACUGCUCCAGAUGGAGGAACUCAAGUGCCGCAAGCGGGUUCUCCGGCGGCUCGGCUAUGCCACGGCCUCCGAUGUCAUGGAGAUCAAGGGCAAGGUCGCCUGUGAAGUCAGCAGUGCCGAUGAGCUGCUUGUGACGGAGAUGAUCUUCAACAACAUGUUCAACGAGCUCAACGCACACCAGGCUACGGCCUUGUUGAGUUGCCUGGUCUUUCAGGAGAAGUCGAACGAGAUGCCCAACCUCACUGAAGAGCUGUCUGGCCCGCUGCGACAGAUGCAGGACAUAGCGCGGAGGAUAGCACGGGUCACCAAGGAUGCCAAGCUGUGCGUAGACGAAGACACCUACGUCAACUCGUUCAAGCCACACCUAAUGGACGUCAUGUACGCCUGGAGCAAAGGGGCCUCCUUCGCGCACGUCUGCCGCAUGACGGAUGUCUAUGAAGGCAGCAUAAUCAGGUGCAUGCGACGGCUGGAGGAACUGUUGCGGCAGAUAGUUCAGGCUGCAAAGUGCAUAGGAAACACAGAACUGGAAAACAAGUUUUCCGAAGCAAUCAAGCACAUGAAGAGGGACAUUGUGUUUGCAGCUAGCUUGUACCUAUAGUGAUGAUGCCUCUUACAAAAAAUGAACUGCACAUGCUUUUAAUCACUAAAACAGAAUCUGUACAAUCAUGAAAUUACACUACGCGGAGAAGCAGGAGCUCGCGGUCUUAGUGUGGCUGGGGCACGUGGCCAUCAACGUAGAAGUUGCGUGUCGCCUGCGGCAACGUCACCUCCAUUCCUUCCAAGUCCUUGGUCAGUAUAAUCUGGCAGCCUGUAAAUAAUAAACAAUCAAUGUCUGCAA